UGAAACUACCAAAUCUACUGGUAAAAUUUCGCGACGAAAACUUAAAGCUAAAAUUUUAAUUCUCAAGCUCUACCAAUUUCGCUCUCUGAUUUUCAGAAAUGUUUUCAAGUAGCCAAUUUGACGCGAACUCUGCCUUCUCCGGCGGCGGAUUCAUGCCUCAUCAGUCUCAGCCCGCCGAUUCCAAUCCUUCUCCGGCUAGAAGUCGUGAUUCCCUAGGGUUGGUUCCAUUGACAGUGAAGCUGAUAAGCGAAGCUUCGCAGUCGGGUGAUGAGAAAUCAAAUUUUGUGGUCAACGGCUCAGAGGUCACCAAUGUUACGUUGGUGGGAAUGGUGUUCGGCAAAGAAGAAAGGGCUUCUGAUGUUACUUUCACUCUAGAUGAUGGAACCGGGCGAGUUCUAUGCAAAAGAUGGGCAAGUGAGGUUUUUGACACCAAGGAAAUGGAGGCUGUGCAAGAUGGAAUGUAUGUUCGUCUCAAUGGGCACUUGAAAAGCUUUCAGGGCAAGAAGCAGUUAGUUGCCUUCUCUGUGAGGCCUGUUACAAGCUUUGAUGAAGUUACUUUUCACUUUAUUGAUUGCAUAUAUUUCCAAUCACAGAAGUCCAAACUGCAGAAGGUGCAAGGUUCUUCCAUUCAUCAGCCUCAGUUGGUGGAUUCAUCACUGCACACUCCUGUCCAAACUGGGUCAAAUAACUAUCAGACAGCACCCUCAAAUCAUCUCUCUUCGCAAUUUGGCAUUGAUGGACUCAAGGACUGUGAUCAAUUGAUCUUGGACUAUCUGCAGCAACCUUCAAGCAGGUUUGUCAUGCACCAAAAUUUUGUCUUACUCGAACGGGAAAGGGGAGUGCAUAUUGAUGAACUUUCCCAGCAGUUGAAAAUACCUAAGAAGAAGAUCAUGGAUUCAAUUGCAUCUCUUGAAAAUGAAGGUUUGAUCUAUUCCACCAUCGAUGAAUUUCACUACAAGUUUGCACGUGGUUAACAGUUUUAUAGUGCAACUUGGUUGUAAUAAGUUUGCCUUUUAUUUUCUCUAUUUUAAUUUCUUUUGAAGUCUGUUCAUGUAGUUUUUUGUUUUGAUGGUUAAACUUUUCUAGUCUUUAAUGGUUUCUGAGCAUUUCAUUAAAUUUGGAUGGAUUGGAAAUACAGUUGUACUCCUGCUCAGUAAUGUAGGUGAAAAUUUAGGUGAAAUGGUGGAACAAUCCUGCAAAAUUUAAUUUUGAUGGUGUAAGAGGACAAAAAAUCUCUGGUCGGCGAAUGAGAAUACAAUUCAGCAUUAGUACUCA